AACUACAUCAAUCUACCUUGUUGUGAAGCUUCUCCCCUCACUCUUCUUCCACGCCUGCAUGCUCUCUCUCCUCCAAUCAUGGCUCCCCUGCUCCUGAGAGAAAUGAAAGGAAUGACCUUCUCCUGCUCCUCCCCUGCUUCGUUAGCCACUUGUUCCACCAUCCACCACAAAUCCACAAUCCAAUCCUUAACCCGAAGGGAAAUCGAUCGACGCACUCCCUGUCUCAGAGACCCACAGAGGACUCUCUUCGAUCGUUCCAACUCAUCCUCCAAACCAAGAACAAGACACAGUGGUGACUCUAAGGCAGCAAGGAGGAAGAGCUCAGCAGAUGCUGACUCUUCUCAACAUCUCCUGAAAUCUUCAAGAUUUAGACUUGUUGACUCUUACUACGAUAUAUUUCCUGAAAACCCUGUACAAAUUCCGAGUUUUCUCGCCAUCGAAAAGCCAAGAUCGGAACGCAUAGGAGGCGAUGAAGUGGCUAUUUUGAGGCCGUCUUCUUCUACUAGAACGCAAGAUCAGGCGGUCGUUCUGAGAGUGUCCCUGCAUUGCAAGGGCUGUGAAGGGAAGGUGAGGAGGCACAUAGCCAAGAUGCAAGGAGUGAGAUCUUUCAGCGUGGAUCUGGCGACGAAGAAGGUGACUGUGGUGGGAGACGUGACGCCGCUGGGCGUGCUGAACAGCAUCUCCAAGGUGAAGCACGCGCAGUUCUGGCAAUCACCUCCUCGGGCUUCAGCAUCCUUCUAACUCCAUUCCAUCGAUAAUCCGCUUAGUCUCGACGUGAUUAAGAAAAGUGUGGCAAAGUUUGCUUUCGAUCUAUGCUGAAAGUUAUUUCAUGAAUUCCGGUCUUAAGCUGUGAUCAUUAUCAGUGUACUCGUGCCUCCAUUAGUCAUGGAGUUUUAAUUUAA